GUGAAAGGUGUCCCUGGCCACCCAAACCAUUCCAUGAGAGCAGGAGGAGAGGGAAGAAGAAUGAGGAGAGCGUGGUGUGCAGUGGGAACCGAAUUCUUGAAGUGCAGUUUGGUUUCACACCUAAAUGUUGCAUUUCCUGAGGCUUUUCCAGCAGUGACACUCCUGGCUGGAGCCCAGGAUGUGCAGACUCAGAACUGGUGGAGUCCGUGGAAUCUGGGACAGAAUUGAGGUGGUUUUGCUGCUCACUCGGGCUGGAUGUGCCUGAAGUGCCCCCUGUGUUUAUUGCUGGGAUGGAGCAGCUCUGGGGGAGCUUUGCUCCUGGUUUGCUUGGCUUGGCAGCUGCAGGGGGAGAGGGGCAAUUCCUGAGCCUGGGGACAGCACAUCACCUGAUUUUUUUGCUUGUCUUGCAGGGGCUGAGGCAGCAUGGAGCAGUACACAGCCAACAGCAGCAGCUCCACAGAGCAGAUCGUGGUGCAGGCAGGGCAGAUCCAGCAGCAGCAGCAGGGAGGUGUCACAGCUGUCCAGCUGCAGACUGAGGCCCAGGUGGCAUCGGCCUCAGGCCAGCAAGUCCAGACCCUCCAGGUAGUGCAGGGGCAGCCUCUGAUGGUGCAGGUGAGCGGGGGGCAGCUCAUCACCUCCACGGGCCAGCCCAUCAUGGUGCAGGCAGUGCCCGGGGGCCAGGGCCAGACCAUCAUGCAGGUGCCAGUGUCGGGCACACAGGGGCUGCAGCAGAUUCAGUUGGUCCAGCCAGGUCAGAUUCAGAUUCAAGGUGGGCAGGCUGUGCAGGUACAGGGGCAGCAGGGCCAGACCCAGCAGAUCAUUAUACAGCAGCCCCAGACUGCAGUUACUGCUGGCCAGACACAGACCCAGCAGCAGAUAGCAGUGCAAGGCCAGCAGGUUGCCCAGGCUGCUGAAGGCCAGACCAUCGUGUACCAGCCUGUGAAUGCUGAUGGCACCAUCCUGCAGCAAGUUACAGUCCCUGUUACAGGCAUGAUCACCAUUCCUGCAGCCAGCCUGGCUGGAGCCCAGAUUGUCCAAACAGGAGCCAACACCAACACCACCAGCAGUGGCCAGGGCACGGUCACAGUGACACUGCCAGUGGCUGGGAACGUGGUCAAUUCAGGGGGAAUGGUCAUGAUGGUGCCUGGGGCUGGCUCAGUGCCUGCCAUCCAGAGGAUCCCUCUGCCUGGAGCAGAGAUGCUGGAAGAGGAGCCCCUCUAUGUCAAUGCCAAGCAGUACCACCGUAUCCUGAAGAGGAGGCAGGCACGAGCCAAGCUGGAAGCAGAGGGAAAAAUCCCCAAAGAGAGAAGGAAAUACCUGCACGAGUCCAGGCACAGGCACGCCAUGGCCAGGAAAAGGGGAGAGGGGGGUCGCUUCUUCUCCCCCAAAGAAAAGGACAGCCCUCACAUGCAGGAUCCAUCUCAAACCAACGAGGAGGCAAUGACACAGAUGAUCAGGGUCUCCUAACCCCUGCUUCCAGGGAAAAACACCUGAAGGGAAUUCCCAUCCCUCCUGCCAGCCUGUCCUGCCUGCCCAGAGUGUCCAGUGAAUCCUGGAGUGGGACAAUCUCCAUGUCACAGCCUGUCCUUUUCCACAGAGCAAGCACCACGUGUCGAGGACGUGCUUGAGGUUUUAACUCUACAAACAGAACCUUCCAGACUUUUCCUUGGUGCCCUCUCCUGAUCCAGCACAGGGAAUUCAGAGUCUGAGCACUCAUCCCUUUGAUUUUCCUUCCUUUUCCCACCUGGAUCCCAGUGGCUCAGUGCAG